GUAGGAACCGCUUGAACGUUUCCGAUUCACCAAAGCAAUGGCAGUAGUUCCAUGUCAAGCCCUGCGACUACAAGCUCCCUUUGCCUCCUUCCCUCUCUGUGCUUAUAGGAAGUCUUCUUUCAAGUAUAGUGCGUUUGCACUUGACUGUGCGGGCGUGUCUACGAUUAUUUCUCCUUUGCUUUCUCUGCAGCUCUCUCUGGAUGUGUCUCUUUUGGUUCUUUGGUAAUCCUAAGUUUCAUUCUUUGAAGGAAUAUACAGUAAUAAAAACCAGAAAUCCAUAUAAGUCUCAACUGGGGUAAAAAUGCCUUGGCGAACAUGUUUCAAACGUCACCUGGUUUUGUUUCCAAUCACUGCUAGUCGAGGAUUAAGUAAUCUUUCUAUCCAGGACAAGGGACCCAAGUCGUUGUCUCACAAAUGGAGUGGCCAAACAGCCAUCCAAGGAUUGAACUUUGUCUCAGACAAGCUUUGUUCUUCUAAUUUUGUGACGCAACUUGAAGCCUGCAUUCAAUCCAAAUCUCUUUCCGAAGGUAAGAAAAUACAUGAACAUAUCCUUAAACGCAAUGGCUUUAUUAAGGAUUUCACUAUCCUUGGAAAGCUAACCCAUCUGUAUAUUAUAUGUAAUGAGAUUGAACUUGCUCGUCAAGUGUUUGAUAAAAUUCCAAAGCCGAGUGUUAUUUUGUGGAAUAUGAUGAUCAGAGCUUACGCUUGGAAUGGACCAUUUGAAAAGGCCAUUGAUCUGUACUAUGAGAUGCUGAAACUGAGAGUAAGACCAUCCAAAUUCACGUUCCCUUUCGUUAUCAAAGCCUGUUCAGGCCUACAAGCAAUGGAAAUUGGGAGAGAAAUACAUGAGCAUGCAGAGAAACUGGGUCUUGAAUCGGACAUUUAUAUUUCUACUGCCUUGGUUGACCUCUAUGCCAAAUGUGGGGAUUUGGAUGAAGCCCAAAGAUUGUUUAAUAGCAUGUCCCACAGGGAUAUUGUUGCAUGGAAUGCCAUAAUUGCGGGGUUCUCACUUCAUGGACUUUAUGAUGAAAUGAUACAAAUAGUUGUCCAGAUGCAGCAAGCAGGAAUAAUUCCCAACUCUUCAACUAUCGUUGCAGUUCUACCUACAGUUGGUCAAGCUAAUGCACUACGCCAAGGGAAGGCUAUCCAUGGUUACUCUGUUAGGAAGAUCUUCAGCAAUGAUGUGGUUGUUUCAACUGGACUUCUGGAUAUGUAUUCAAAGUGCCGUCACAUAUCCUAUGCAAGGAAUAUCUUCGAUAUGAUAAGUGAAAAAAAUGAGAUAUGCUGGAGUGCUAUGAUUGGAGGAUAUGCCACAUGUGAUUCCAUGAAGGAGGCAUUGGUGCUGUACGAUGAGAUGGUAUUCAAAAAUAAGAUGAACCCUACACCUGUUACACUUGCAAGCAUAUUACGAGCUUGUGCAAACCUCACUGAGUUGGUUAAGGGAAAACACUUGCAUUGUUAUACAACGAAAUCAGGGUUGGAUUUAGAUGCAACAGUUGGAAACUCACUAAUUUCUAUGUAUGCAAAAUGUGGAAUUUUGGAUGACGCAAUUAGGUUUUUUAAUGAAAUGAUCUCAAAGGAUAAGGUUUCUUACAGUGCUAUUAUAUCUGGAUGUGUCCAAAAUGGUUCUACAGAGAAGGCUUUACUUAUUUUUCGCCAGAUGCAGUUAUCUGGCAUUGACCCAGAUGUGGUGACUAUGGUAGGUCUCCUUCCAGCUUGUUCACAUUUAGCAGCACUACAACAUGGGACCUGCUGCCAUGGCUACUCGGUUGUUUGUGGAUUCACAGCUUACAUCUCCAUUUGUAAUGCCAUUAUUGACAUGUACUCAAAGUGUGGAAACAUUUAUAUUAGUAGGGAAGUAUUUGACAGGAUGCCAAGGCAGGAUAUUGUAUCAUGGAAUACAAUGAUAAUUGGUUAUGGCAUUCAUGGGCUAGGCACAGAAGCACUUUCAUUAUUCCAUGAAUUUCAGGCAUCAGGUUUAAAGCCAGAUGACGUGACCCUCCUUGCUGUUUUAUCUGCCUGUGGCCAUUCAGGACUUGUCAUGGAAGGGAAAUAUUGGUUUAAUGCCAUGACCCAAGACUUAGACAUGAAGCCAAGGUUGGCACAUUAUAUCUGCAUGGUUGACCUUCUGGCCCGGGCAGGACAUUUGGAUGAGGCAUAUACCUUCAUUCAAAGGAUGCCAUUUGAACCUGAUGUUCGUGUCUGGGGUGCAUUGCUUGCUGCAUGUAGGAUCCAUAAAAAUAUUGAAAUGGGUGAAGAAGUAUCAGAGAAGAUCCAGUUGCUGGGACCUGAAUCUACUGGAAAUUUUGUCCUUAUGUCAAACAUAUAUUCAUCUGUAGGGAGAUGGGAUGAUGCAGCACGCCUUAGAAUCAUACAAAGGGAUCAAGGUUACAAGAAAAGUCCAGGAUGCAGUUGGAUUGAGGUCUCUGGAGUAAUCCAUGGAUUUAUUGGUGGAGAUCAAUCCCAUCCACAAUCAGCAUCCAUUAAUAGAAAGUUGGAGGAACUUCUGGUGCAGAUGAAAAAAUUUGGAUACUGUGCAGAUUAUAGUUCUUCCCUUCAUGAUGUUGAAGAGGAGGAGAAGGAACAGAAUCUCCUUUAUCACAGUGAAAAAUUAGCCAUUGCAUUUGGAAUUCUUAAUAUUAACCCUAGGAGGCCUAUAGUAGUUACAAAGAAUCUUCGAAUUUGUGUUGACUGCCACACUGCAAUAAAAUUUAUGACCCUUAUAACGGAGAGGGAAAUAAUAGUUAGAGAUGCAACUAGAUUUCAUCAUUUUAAGAGCGGGAUCUGCAACUGCCAGGAUUUCUGGUAAGGAACGGUAAUAGAAGUGUAAGUCAUAGGUCUUGUCAGAACCACAGAUUGCCAAGCACCCACAUACUGCUUGAACCCAGAAGAAGAAUAGAAGAUGUGAGCGAGAGAAGCAUUUAGAAACCUAGUUCUCAUUUAUGCACCAAAAACAACUCCAUAUUUGCAACCUAGAAGUAGAGAGGAACUCAAUAUUAGAGAAGGAAUUAUGGGGACACUUGUGGCCUUUGGCAGAGAUAUAGAAACAACACAUGCAGCAGCAAGUUGUUUUUAGCACUCCUAUAAUUGGUGGAAUUAAAUCUUUACAAUUUUUUUCUGCCAACAUCCACUCUGAACACAAAACCCUCUGAAGUACAUUCAAAUUUGGUUUAUAGGUAAAUUGUUUAUUCUUUUUCUUCUGUUUCUUUUCAGGCUGUCAUUAUUUUCGUUGAAUUUGCAUUGAUUGUGCUUGGCUGGUGUUUUUAAAUCAAAGUGGCUUAUUUCCUCUCAAUUCUUUCCCAACAUAAUGCUACUGUAGUUGAUCAAUGUCAUAUAAAUGAGAAACAGCUAAUGAUGAAUGUCGCACCUGGAAAAAUGCGACGCGGACUGCGCGUGAGCGGAGGUCUCGGCCUUCGCGGCGGAAACCAGAUCGAACGAGGAGUCGCCACCAAGAUUUUGAGAUAAAUCUCAGGAAACUGAUUAAAAGGAGGAUCAGGGUGGUCCACGAAAUCAAAGAAUAGGUUCAGGAGUCGGUUGAGUGUGGGGAAGGUGUUAGGCACCUCACAACACCCGUUCGUCAGAACGGUUACCUGAAAUUUGUUGUGCUCUUUAAAUAUGAUUUUAUAAUUAUUUUAAUUAUCUCUUUUGUAUUCAUGUGUCUGAUAAAAAUGAUAAGAAUUAUGUGAGAAAUGUUUAUUUAUUUAUGAGGGAGGACAGA